AUGCUCUCAUCGUCGAUCAACAUGUCUCAGGCCACGGAGUUAUCUGAUCCUCUUUCCGGUCCCGAGAACCCAAAUAUGGGUUCAAGGCCGACCACGAAGUCAGGUCGGCGGGAAAAGAGUGAUGCGAAAUGGGAGUCGUACAAGGGAGAAAUUCAACAACUUUACGUCGAACAGGGCAGACCGCUGAAAAGCGUGAUGCAAGUAUUGGAGACCAAGUACGGUUUCAAGUUCAGCUUGCGAUCGUGGAAAGCGAAGAUGAAGAAGUGGAACUUCGAGAAGAACCUGCCCGCAAAUGAGAUGGCUUUCAUCGCCGCGAAAGCUGAUAAGCGGAAAGCUGAUGAAUGCAAGGAUACUGUCUUCUUUCGCGGUGGUAUUAAGAUCGAAUCCGAGAGAAUUGAUAAUUUCAAGAAGAGAAAGUUGACUGCCACUGAUAUGGCUGACUUACCAAUCAUCGUGGACACACCUUGCAACAUGACUUAUCACACCCCAACGGCAGCCGGACUUGAGCUAGGCGAGACAGAAGCAAUCAUCACUCAUGAUUCUUCGAUCGGUCAGUCGUUGCAUGCCAACUUCGAACUCGGAGAUGAGGAAUAUCAUGGUUCAGCAAUCAAGGAUUUGGGUGCCAAGAAUUACAUUCCCAAUGUCGUCAAUCGUCCAGGAGAGACACUCGAUGCAGAGCAACAUUCAACAGGAUGUAUCGGUGACAAGACCUCAGGACGGUCAGAUCCUGGCUCGCUCAAUCCGGAAGGAGGUAUCAUAAUGGAAAAUAGAAAUGGCAGUUAUCCACAGGUCAUUUUCAAUGCUGAAACUAUUCGCAACUUUUUGCAUGGAAUUCCGGCCAGGCCCAUCGCUCUGGACAUUUUCCUUGAUCUUCUAACGCAGUUUCCGACGCGAACACACGAUAUCGAUGACGCUGAUUCGCAAUCAACUAUUUUCAAUGAUGACAGUGCUUUUUCGUUUGGAGAUGAAUUCUUCGAUAUGAAUGCCAAGUUCAUCAUUGAUAGUAUCAGCUCUGACUCGAAUUCUCCGGCGGACCUUUCAGUCGAGCUUACCACAGAAUCUGGAGUAAUGGUGGUCCCAACUGCCAGGCCUCACAGGUGGAGUUUGAUUUACUCUCGUUGCUUCUGCAUAUUAGGAGAUCCGAUACAUGCUAUGCAAGAGGCCUAUUGA